UUUGCAGAGAUUGGCAGCGGCGCAGUGAGAGGCCGGCAGACUGGCGGGCUUCUGUGGAUGCGGCUUCUUAUUUUACUUUUCCUCUGUGUAAACGAAAGGACUAUCGAUGGAUUUUCGUCGUGUUUCCGUUUUAUUUCACCCGUGAAAAGGGCACUGGACUCCGCUGUUAUCUGGGAUUUAUUAGGCGAAUAUUUCCCGGGUGUGUUUAUAUUUUGUGGGAGCAGCAUGCUGCUCUCUAAGCUGGGCUCCUUCUCUCACAUCUCGUCCAGCAUGGAUCUGCCGGCGAAACUCCAGUUGCAGCAAGCCAAAGCCGAGAAGCAGCCUUUUGAGAAGCUGUACCGGCUGGGUUCGGUGGUCGGCAGCGGGGGAUUCGGUACAGUCUACUCGGCCGUCCGCCUCGCCGACGGGCUGCCGGUGGCGGUGAAGCAUGUGUGCAGGGACAGAGUGACCGAGUGGGGCUCUCUGUGCGGCGCAGUGGUUCCUCUGGAGAUCGUGCUCUUGAAGAAGGUGGGUGGGGUAUUUGGCGGUGUGGUGCGACUGUUGGACUGGUGGGAACGGCCAGACGGCUGGCUGAUGGUAAUGGAGCGUCCCGAGCCGGGGCAGGACCUGUUUGAUUACAUCACGGAGCGUGGUGCACUGGACGAGGCGGCGGCGCGUGACUUCUUCCUGCAGGUGCUUGAGGCUGUGCGUCAUUGCUACGUCUGCGGCGUCGUCCACCGAGACAUCAAGGACGAGAACCUGCUGGUGGACCUGAGGACCGGACAGAUCAAACUCAUCGACUUUGGGUCAGGGGCCCUUCUCAAAGACACCGCCUACACUGAGUUCGAUGGUACGCGGGUGUAUAGUCCUCCGGAGUGGAUCCGGUUCCGCCGGUACCACGGCCGCUCAGCCACCGUCUGGUCCCUCGGCGUGCUGCUGUAUGACAUGGUGUGUGGCGACAUCCCCUUCGAACAGGACGAGGAGAUCCUGAGAGGGCGGGUCUACUUCAGACGAAAAAUCUCCUCAGAUUGCGAGCAUCUGAUUGGCUGGUGUCUGAGCCUGAAGCCGUCUGACCGGCCAACCCUGGAGCAGAUCCUACUCCACCCCUGGGUGACGGGCGGCAGCGGACAGCAGACAGACAACGGUGGCAUCACACUCCAUGCCAUCACAGCAGACUCUUCCUCCUCCUCAUCCGCAUCUUCCUCCUCUAGUCAGCAGAGCCUCUGAUUGGUCCGCUGGAAGUCAGGGGGCGUAGCAAGGACUUGAUUGACAGCUAGCUGUCCUCUGGCGGUGUUAUAAUUGUGAUUGUGGCGUUGUCACUCAGAAGUGCUGGAGUGAGUGGCAGGUCACCAUUCAGGAUGAGGUUGACUCUGUGCUGCUCCACAGCGCCCCCUCCUGUUCCCAGAUGGUGGAGUAGCUCUCAUGGAGCCUCAACACCUGCGUUGUUCUCCGUCUGGUGUUCCUGUUUCAGAGUGCCUUGAGUUUGAAAGCUGCUGUGGGCAGAGCAUCGCCACGGUAACCCAACUACACAUCAGGAGUGGAGGUGUGGAUAGUUCUUCAGAGGUUUCUUUAGUGAAGUUCUAACCCAAAGAAUCCUUGUAGUUAAAUCACAGAGGAACCCAGCCAGGUUCUUUUCCAAAAACAUGUCUUUUAGUAUCAGUGACAUGUUAUAAUCGUCUGUAGGGCUGCAACUAACUAUUAUUUUCAUUUUUGAUCAGUUUCCCAUUUAUUGUUUAUUCAUUGUUUAGUGAAUGAUAAGGAAGUGCCCUUUUAAAGGCCACAAUAAAAAGAUCUCAUAAUUGCUGAUCAGUGGUGGUAUGAUAACUAUGGUUGUCAUGGUUAUCAGUCAUCGCUGUUGAGAAGACAGAGGCACAAUAGUGCUGCCUGAUUUAAUUUGCUUUUAUUUUCUCCUCUGUUUGAGACACUGGGAGUUGUAAAUGUCACUGAGUAAUGUGGAUGGUAUUAUUACUAUGUCAACAUUGCAAAGGCAUCCAAAGACCUUGGCAUUGUGUUCUUGGGACUGUUCCUUUAGGAGCAGCGUAGCCAGUACAUAAUGCAUCAAAGCUGGCUUUCACCGAAUUCUGUGAGCCAUCAGAUUCUAUGACCUGAAUAGAAAUUUCUGCUGUAAACAUAAUCAUACUUUUAUUUUGAUAGGUACUUUAGGCCUAUUGACAAAAAUGUUUUCCCACAUAGUAUUCUGACAUUUUGAUAGUACCAAAAAUGGUCACCCUACAUAUUCGGAUGUUACAUACGAAACUAUUGUAUGGUGGCGUCUUUACACGUCUGAUUUCUGUUUGACCAACAGUCUAUAUUCAGUUUACAGCGACACAAGACAGAGAAAAGCAGUUUUUUGAUUGAAAGAUAACUUAACAUAAUAACAUAUUAAACAACAUUUUAAAGAGUAACUAAACCCCCAUAAGACAUAAAACUUGUGUAAAUGGGUAUUUAGUACUGUUGUUGGUUGAUUCAGGUCCAGUUCUUGCCAUUUUAGUGUAUUGUAUUUGAAUCCUGCGUUCUGUGCUAUAAAUAAGCAUAGUGAGUGAGAGGAGUUUAGUUACACUUUAUAGAAUGUUUUCCUGUACUUUGAGGAAACAAACUCCACAUGGAAACACAUCCCACAUGCCCUUUGAUGUCAGCAAAGGUUCCUCAUCUGCUGACAUGGUGGGAUACUUGAAACUUGACAAACGCGCACACACACACACCUCUGGAGAACUGGAACCGGUUCAGGACACCAGACUGGAGUCUCAGUUCUGAUACCAAAACGUGACUAGUUGAUACUUUACUCUGCUGAGUAUAAACGCUUUCUUUUACAGCAAACAAACCUGUCACAUCCUUUGUGUUUACUUUUGUCUCAACACAAACUGAACAAAACUAUGAUUUAAAUCAGGAAAUGUAUGCUUUAAGAAGUAAGUCUGUCCUUGCUGGUGCGAUAUUUGAGUUUCUGUAUUAAUGCCACGAUGAUUAAUGACAUACAUUGUUUUCAAUACAACAGUUGUUUUUGCAAUUAGUCAGUUAUCACACAGCACUGAGGUACAGUCAGUCCUGCCUCAAUCCCCGAGUGUAUAAUGCACAGUCAAUGCAAUGUUUAGUUUUGUAUAUUGAACAGGUGUGUGUGUAUAUGUAAAUUAUUUUGUUUUAUUUAUUUAGUAAAGAGACAUUCCACAUCCUGUGGUUAUUUAUUUAGGUUGUCUCCUGUCUAACUUGUCUAAAAUGGUUUUGUCUUUUGUAAGAAUAUUUUUUUGGGGGGUGGGGUUAGGGUAUCAUCAGGUUUAGGAUUGAGUUUUCUCACAUCAGGUUUAAGAGUUAUAACUGUUUUUUUCAUUCCAUUUGUUUUUGGUUUCAAAAUAUAAAAUUCUGAGCAGAAAAUAAAUAUUUUUUCACAAUUUUUUUUCAGAUUAAACCUUUUGUAUAUAAACUGA